GAUAUACAAAUGAAUAUAUUUAUUAGUACAAUGAAUGUAAACAAUAUCAGAACACCUUGUAACUUGUUACACCUAACAGCCACCCCGUGCAGCCGAAUGCUCCUUUUACCACCAAACAAAUGCACCAAUAGCAAAUUAACACUGAGAGCACAUAUGCUCUACGCUCUCACAUUGUUUGCUCGAUGGUGAGGAUCAACACGCUCUCAACGCAAACCCUUUUCGCUUGGCAUCCUUCCGUGACCUUCUCUGACGCUGAGGGCUGUGACGUGUGCUUAAUGCCAUUGAACGUUGAUGUACUAUUAGCAUAUACAUAUAUGCAUAUAAAUAGUAGGGCUUUGGGCUUGUUGUCACCACCUUUGUCAGCAAAGCCGACUAGCAUAUGAUUGCCUAUAGCCAGGGGGUGGUUUGAGUCCAGAUUUUUAUUGGCGGCGAUACAAUGAGCUUUGUGCAGAAUUCGCUAAGCGGGACAAGGGUUCAGGAUAUGCCGGCACAUGCAGGUCGCACGUUGGUCAUGCGCUACAAAAUCAGUCGAACGCCGUUCGUACACACGAUAAGUCACGUGUGGCUUCUAGCUCUGGUAAUAAUUAAACAAAAAUAAAUACAUAGUUGGUUUUCAUAGAGGCAUCAGCUUGACCACAAAUUUAUAACUCUAACCUGUUCAUUAAAAAUAACUGUGUAUUAUUGAUUUCUGCCACGAAAAAUGGAACAUAAUCUUCAUAACAAUACGUCGGUUCAUUGGGGCUAUGGAGUGGCUCCUGUGCCAACUACGCCGCAUAGUCACUGGGCUCCGCCACCGCAAAGUCAUAGCUUGAAACGCGCAUUGUCCGAAAGUGAUUGUGAUGAACUCUACUCCGAGGAAUCUUCGAAGGAACAAGUAUCUCCCAGCGAAACUGGAAGUUGUCAGUUAUUGACACGUAAGAAAAGACGAGGUGUCAUCGAGAAGAAGCGACGAGAUCGCAUAAAUUCUUCACUCACCGAGUUAAAACGUCUCGUGCCAUCUGCUUAUGAGAAGCAAGGUUCUGCUAAAUUGGAGAAAGCUGAAAUUUUGCAAUUAACCGUGGAACAUUUGAAAAAUUUGCAAUCAAAAGGUAUUGAAUCGUUCAGCUAUGAUCCUCAACGAUUCGCCAUGGAUUACCAUAUCAUCGGCUUUCGGGAGUGUGCUGCCGAGGUGGCGCGAUACUUGGUGACCAUAGAGGGUAUGGAUAUCCAAGACCCUCUUCGCCUACGUCUCAUGUCACAUUUGCAGUAUUUCGUGCAACAGCGUGAGUUGUCCGCGAAGAGUUGUGCCAGUCCUGGCGGCUGGACUUCAACAUCCGCAUCCAGUGGCUAUCAGACAAACUGUAGUGCAACACCUUACCAACCUUACCCCGGCACACCUGCUGCUCAUCCAGGCAUCAAUCCGUCGUAUAUGCCCACGCCACUACAUGCCUAUCCCACGCUGAGCACCUCGCCAAGCAGCACUUCACACUUGCAGCCGCAUCCGCAUCACCUUCAUCAACACAGCACACAACAACAACAGCAGCAAUCUCAGCAGCAAGCGGCGUCUGGGCAGGUCAAUCGAGCUUCUUCUGCCAAUGGAACUGUACCAAGUGAAACGAUGCCCAUUAUAAGUCACGCAACCAAUCAGCCAAAUCAACAGCAACAAUCCCUUUCAACGCAUCAAACGCAAUCAGCGCCGUCACAUGUGCAGCAAACACCUGUGUCGCACGAAUCACAUCUUCAACAGCAACCACAACAGCCGCCACCACCGCAAACGCAGCCGCAGCCUCAACACUACACGCAAGAGCACACGCACACCGAUCAACAAGGCGUCACUUAUGCCGACUUAUCUAACGUCCAGGCUCACAUUGAUCAUCGCAAUCCCACAGCGGCCAUUGCCGCCACUGGUCUGAACUACCCCGGCUCCACGCAUUAUCCGGUUGCAGCGGCACAGGAGUACAAUUCAAAUUACGUGGCCGCGAACGGUUCCAAGCCAUAUCGACCAUGGGGUGCCGAAAUGGCCUAUUAACGACCAUAUGCAAAUAUAUAACAAUAACUACGGUUAUCUGUUGAUACGGAGUAAUGAUAUUCAUAACCUAGUCACGAAAAAUAAAACAAUUCAAGUCCAACUUACCUAAUUUUCUUGUAGAAAUUAUGAAAUAAUGAAAAUAUUAAUGUUAACAUUUUUUA